AACACGGUUCAACUCGCGUUGCAACGUCUGGAUGUGGAUCGUGUUUUGAAUUGCUUCUGUUGUUGUUGUGGUCAUUUUGUGAGUGUGGCAUGGCGUCUCGGAGCACGGGCGGUUCCCAAUUUCGGGGUCGUCGACGGGGAGACGCGGUGCCCAACCGUACGAGUGAGGACGCUCGCAGCGCCAGGGUUUCGCCUGCGCCUUUAUGGAUCGCGCCGCCGUCACCAGUCCGUCGCGUCGACACGCAUCCCCAUCCGAGCAGUAGUCAUGGAAUCAACCGGCGCGGCGCCAUUUCCGACGGUCAUCCUCACGAUCGUCAUCACCGACGGUCCAACAACCACAGCGACCUGGAUAUGUCGAACACUCCUCCGCGCGUGGAUCCUCGGUCCAACUUUGCUCCACUCCGCAUGCGCGCCGACUCGACGGGAUCCACCCGGGGGGCCUUUUACUCCGGGCACGUAACGGCCAGCAAUACCACCACGGGUGCGACGCCAAACCCUGUCGGGGAAGCGCAACAGCCAUACCUACAAGAACAGCAGCGUUCUACCGGUAUGCGAACUACUGCGCCCCGGCGUCGUAAAAAGAAACCAGCCGGAGUCGCAUCUUACCAAGAGCCAGCACCAAGAGCUCCAGCAUUGUCUGAUCAAAUUCGUCCCUCCAGCAUGGCUGAUCUGGCCGAUCUAGCCUUUGCCUCGCUCGAAGGAGAAGAUCUAGAGUUGGGCAACGGAUCAGCGGAGUUGCACACCCUGGUCUCUCGCCGCGGACGGAACGUGGACGGGAACCAUCCAUUAUCGACAAUGACCGACGGCAAUAGAUACAGUUCCGCAAUUCCAGAACACUCUGCCCGACCGAACAUCUUGGCUACCAUCAGGGAUGAAUCUAGUUCUAGUCUCCGCGAAGUACCUACAGCGGCCCGUUCGCAACGAUUUUCCGACAGUAUGCGAUAUUCUGAAAAUUCCAUGGGUUCCUUGCUCGGAACAAAUUGGGUAGAGCGUGGCCCAGGAACUGGUGGCUCUCCCCGUUCGUCUCUCAAUACAGCCUCCAGUAGGCAGCCACAGCGACCCCGAGACGACGAAAUUGCUAUGUUUUCCUCUUUGGUACAUGCCGACUACGGCGCUACCGGUGGCGAACCCGUUAAUGUCGCUGCUGCCGUCGCGCUUGAACACGCUGCCGAAGAGCAAAAACACCUCCUGAACGAAACCUUUUCGAGUGACGACGAUGAUUCGUCCGGAACUUACAGCGACGAAGAAACGGAGCACGACGACGUCCACCGGGGUUUUGCUGAUCAGCUUGUCAUUUUGUGGACUGCUUGGUUGACCCAACAAGCUCAUUACGACGAAGAUACGGGUCAACCAUAUUUCGAAGAUGCGACCGGGUGGACUCCGGCGGGCUUUGUUCGGCACUACCUUUACAACCCCUUGACACCCGAAUUUACCUCGCUCCAGCAAUUUUGUUGGGCAGUCAUUCUUGGUGUACUCAUGGGCUUUUACACGGCCCUGUGGAAGUACGUCAUUGAAACCGGCCUUGACUUUGUGUGGGAAACAGUACCCACCUGGUUAUUGCAGGUGGGUGUCUUUACAGACAUCGACGGUGCGUUUCCGCUUUAUCACUAUAUGUGGAUUUGUCCAUCUAUCUUUAGCGGAGUCCUAUCGUACGUUUUCGUCGUGUUGCCAAUAAAAAUUCCGGAUCAAAACGAAUGGAUCAACUGCGUGCACACACGUGGCGUCCAAGAUUACCGUACAUUUGGCACUCUCUUUGUCCUCUCGACGCUCGGUAUGCUUUCCGGUCUUAGCCUUGGACCGGAAUUGCCUUUAGUACUGACAGCUGGUAUGGUCGGUUCCUGGCUGGGCCUAGUGUGCAAGCAAAGUAUGCUGCAGGCGAGAGUUAUGAAUCUGACAGCCGCUUCUGCUGCGGUGGGAGGAUUCUUCGGUUUUCCUAUGGCAGGAGCCUUGUUUGUGCUGGAGCUCCCUCAUCGAAUGGGGCUUCAGUACUUUGAGGCUUUAUCCCCGGCGACUAUUUCGUCGAUUGUGGCCGUUCUGGCUAAUCGAUUGAUUACGGGCAACGAUGUCACAGGUUACUACAGCUACCCGUUCCUAACAGCGACCUUGCCGAGUGAGAUUUUCACUAGUGCUAUUGUGUAUGGCUUGUUCGGUGCAGGUGUGGGUAUUAUAUACGUCAAGUGGGUAGUGUGGGGCAAAACGUUGGUUCACGAUUGGUUCCAGGCACCACGCGAAAAUGACAUUAGUCCAAUAACUGCUCCUGCGGACCACUCGGGAAAUGGAGUAAGAGAAGAAGUCAUAUCUUUGGUGUCGCAAAAGGUUCAGAAAAGCAUACCGGAAAAUAGAAGCAUGUUGUCCCGCACGAUAAAAUGGUUCCGCUGCGUCAUCAAGGAAGAACCGAAACGAGCAGCUGUUGCCGGUGCUCUUGCUGGAUUUAUAGUGGGCGUGAUUGGAAUGUUCGUUCCUCAUACAAUGUUUUGGGGCGAAGCACAGCUCCAGAAUUUGAUUGAUAAGGGACGCACUCCUCUUCCUAUAUUUGGCCUCGCUGGUGAACCAACUUCAGCUUUAGUUGCGCUCGGCUACUGCAUGAUAGAUCCGAAUGAUCCAGAAGCCGUCAAGGCUGGGUUUGAUGUAGGCUGUUCUGCUGUGAUUUCAUUUGCAAAAAUCGUCGUGGUGGGUCUCAGUCUUGGUACGGGCAUUAUUGGUGGUCAGUUUUGGGGUCCGCUAUUCGUCGGCUGCUCAGCGAGUCAUCUUUUUACUGAUGCGGUCAAUAUGUUUGCCGACAAGUUUGGCUUUGGACAAAGCCUCGCCGCUUAUCCCUGUGUCGUUAUCCUAUGUACGAUGGGUAGCGCUCAUGUUGUUACAUUUCGUGCCCAUAUGGCUAUUAUGCUAAUUCUGACUCUGACAAUCAGCGCAUUCGACCCAGAUGGUGGAAGCAGUAUUGGUGCUUUCAAAGUAGCCGGUGAUUAUUCCGCUGUUUUCCCGCUCCUUGUUGUAUCUGUGUUCGUCGCUUUGAUGGUCUCCCGUGGGACGGUCUUUUACAAGACGCAGCGAUCACGGGGCGACAUUAUGGCCGUACCGGAAGUCUUGUGUGAACCAGGUAUGGAAGGUCGCCCUAUGAUUAUGGACUUUGACAUUGCGGCAGAUGGAGCCUCUUUCAUAGAUGCUGUAAGUGACACGGAUGAAGAUUACGAUGAUCGUAACGAUACGAAGCUCUCCCCUACUACCUCCUACACCGGGAGUUAUCAAGUGCGCGCAGCAGAUGAUGGUAUGACACAAAUAGACAUCGAAAACGAAUUUGCUGGGAGAGCGGUAUGGAACAAAGCAAGUUCUUUGCGACCCUCUGUUUCACGAACUCAAGCGGAUGUUCGCAUAGGGACGAAGGACGCUCCCCGCCAGUUUGUAGAAUAUGAUUCAGGCGGAAUUAUUCCUCGCUCUCUCUCAAACCCUAUGAGUGUUGAUGGAGAGCUACCAGGUCUGGACGACCUCCUUCGCCGGACGAUGGUACCAAAGCCAACCUAUGCUAUGUCACCUCAUCGGCAUCGGCGCACUCAAAGCGCUCCUAUUGCACCUGAGCCUUCCUUUUCCGGAGGCGGUAGUGCGAGCCCCGACGUAAAGCGUGUGGAACGCUCACGUGGUCGCGACUCUUUCAGAUUCGAUAUCCCGAUACGGGAACGAAGCAACAGUGGGAGUAGCCGUGGGAGCUUAGUUCGUGUCACCAGUUAUGGUGAGCUGCAGCAACAGCAGCCAUCUUUGUUGGACCAAGCCCGUAUGCGAGCGGCUUCGUCGGCUGCUGACUCGCGUCAUCACCGCGUGCCAAGUCUGCCCUCAGGUCGACACUCUCGCAAAAAUUCCGAGUCCAGCAUGAGCUACGUGAAUACAAACAAUAUUUCGGCAGUUGGUACAGACGACUCUGGUGCGCUGACACUCGAUGAUAUCGAAAAGUCAUUCCAAAACGUUAUGAAUAAGCAACUAAUGGGCAAUUUACCGCAGAGCCGCUCGCCCUGGACCAACAAUGGCAACAGCGGAAGGUCGACUGGCUCUUAA